AUGAGCCGUGUCCUGAAGGAUAAGAACAGGCCUAAAGGGCCCAUGUCGGCUUACGCCUGCUUCGUUCAGGUUAUCCGUGAGGAGCACAAGAAAAAACAUCCCGGGGAACAUAUCGUGUUCAGUGAUUUUUCGCGGAAGUGUGCUGAGCGAUGGAAGAUUAUGACCCCUAAAGAGAAGAAGAGGUUUGAAGAUAUGGCUGCUUUAGACAAAGAGCGUUACAAUCGCGAAAUGGUCGAUUAUGUUCCUCCUGAUGGCAUGAAAAAGGGUAAAAAAAGGAAGGCUGCUAAAGAUCCCUCCGUUCCAAAGCGUGCGUUAUCAGCAUUUUUCUUCUUUUGUGACGAGUUUCGUGGUAAAAUUAGAGACGAGCAUCCGGAUUGGAAAGUCGGUGAUAUUGCCAAGGAGCUUGGACGAAGGUGGGAGGAGUGCACUGAGAAGGCCAAAUAUGACACUCUUGCUCAGCAAGACAAGCAACGUUAUGAAGAAGACAUGAAUAAAUAUCGUCAAGGCGUGUACGUUCCUUCGAAGAAGCAAACGAAAUCGGAUAAUUCUGCUGCUAUGGUGUCCGAUGCAGGAAGUGGUGAUGUCACAGCUGAGAACGGUGAUGACGACGAAGGCGGGGACGAAGGGGAAGACGAGUAA